AUGGGCCAAGAUGGUGUUACUGCCGAGCAGCUGGACAAGUUCAAGCUGUACGCUCAGUGGUCCGUAGCAUCCUCUUGCAACAAUGAGAAGCCUCCAGGGGAACCCGUCACUUGCACUCCGGGUCAGUGCUCAAUGUUCGACUCGCACAAUGCCACGGUCGCCGCCUCGUUCAUCGGGACCCUGUGGGAUACCCGAGGCUUCAUCGGCGUAGACCCUGUCGACAAGCAGAUCGUGCUGUCCUUCAGGGGAAGUACCAGCAUCAGAAAUUGGAUAGCUGAUUUCGUCUUCGUCCAAGUCCCUUGCGACCUGACCUUCGGCUGCCUCGCCCACACGGGCUUCGUCGCCUCCUGGGCCGAGGUGGCCUCGCCCGUGCUGGACGCUGUGCGCGCCGCAAAGGCCGCGAACCCGACCUACAAGGUCGUCGUGACGGGCCACUCCCUGGGCGGCGCCAUCGCGACCCUCGCGGUCGCCUACAUCCGCAAGGACGGAUACGACGCCGACCUGUACACCUACGGCUCACCGCGCGUGGGCAAUCUUGCCUUUGUCCAGUUCGUCACCAAUCAGCCGGGCGGCGAAUACCGCAUCACCCAUGCCGACGACCCCGUCCCGCGGCUGCCGCCCAUAAUUUUGAACUACCGGCACACGAGCCUCGAGUAUUGGAUCGAUGGGGGCAGUGACAAUGUGGUGACGCUCGAUGAGGUGGAUUACUGCCCGGGAUACUCGAAUAUCCAGUGCAACGGCGGGACAAAGGGCUUGAACAUGGAUUCGCAUGGGUGGUAUUUCCAAACGCUGCAGGGUUGCUCAGUCGGUUACACGCCAUUGAGGAGGGAGAUCAGCGACGCCGAACUCGAGGCGAAGCUGAACAUGUAUGCGGACUUGGAUAUCCAGCUGGCGGGGAACCUCCAUGCGGAGGGACAGUCAUAG